UAACAGCCUUCCACCUUGGGCGGAAAAAAGGAAAAAAAAAACAUUGUACGCUGAAAGAGAGGAAAGGAAGAGGAAGACAACAAUUUAGGUUGGGUUGAGGUUGGAGUUGAGUUGAGUGAGUGACAGAUUUGAUUUGAUGGCGAUAGUUUAGUCCCUUUCACUCUCUCUCUCUCUCUCCCCUAUCGUUCCAAUAUUUACUUAUUCCCUUUAAGCAUUCUUUUCUCUCUGAACCCUCACCAAGGAAGAAAAAGAGGACAUUGGUGGACGGGAUGGGCGACACCACAAAUAUCUUCGAUGAACACCAUGAAUUCGCUGACACGACUGGCUUUGGCACGGGUCCCGCCUCGCCUGACGACCUCUUCAGCAUCUUCGAGAGCCUGGAUGCCGAGUUAGCCCAGCUGGAUGCUGCCAAUCACCAGGUGGGAGAUCUCGGGUCAGGGUUGGGCUUGGGGGGAGGCCAGUGGUCGUCUUCUCAUGUCGGUCAUGAGUCCGAGACUGAGGCUGAGGGUGCUGCAGGGGGGACUAGCUCACCGAGGAGCUGCAAGAGGCCGAGGGCUGUGGCGGACUCCUCGGACGUUGAGAAGGAAGACGGGCAGCAGCGGAUUUCGCACAUAACGGUGGAGCGCAACCGGAGGAAGCAAAUGAACGAGCACCUCUCGGUUUUAAGGUCCUUGAUGCCUUGCUUUUACGUGAAAAGGGGUGAUCAAGCAUCAAUUAUUGGAGGCGUUGUGGACUACAUCAACGAGCUCCAGCAAAUCCUUCAAUCCCUUGAAGCGAAGAAGCAACGCAAGGUCUAUAGUGAGACUGUGUUGAGCCCCCGUCCGGUCUUGAGCCCUAGACCUUCGCCGCUCAGCCCGAGGUCCAAACCCCCUCUCAGUCCGAGGUCCAAACCCCCUCUCAGCCCUAGACUCAACCUACCCGUAAGCCCCAGAACCCCACAGCCCACCAGCCCUUACAGGCCUAGACUAAUGCAACCAGCCGCCGCGGCCAGCGGUGGUGGAAGCUGUUACAGCAGCGCCCUCUCCUCCCCAUCUCCGACCUCGUCCUCUAGUUCCUCCAUCAACGAAAACCUCAACGAGCUUGCAGCAAACUCUAAGUCGUCCAUAGCUGAUGUGGAGGUUAAGUUCUCCGGUGCAAACCUCCUUCUCAAGACAGUGUCCUCUCGGAUUCCCGGGCAGAUCACGAAAAUUAUCGCGGUGCUCGAGGAGCUCUCUCUCGAGAUCCUACAAGUGAACAUCAAUUCAGUUGAUGAAACAAUGGUUAAUUCCUUCACCAUCAAGAUCGGAAUUGAAUGCCAACUGAGUGCGGAUGACCUCGCUCACCAAAUCCAGCAGACCUUUCACUAGCUGGACUUAAGUCCUAACCGCAUAUUAAGUUGAUUUAUCGUGUAAUUCGGCUCACUUCCUAAUGUGAAAACGAUUAUUAAUUAUUAAAUAAGCGAGGAUUUAGUUAAUUAAUUAGGAACACAGUCGACACAGAUGGAGCGGAUAUCAUCCUGAGGAUAUUUCUCAAGGCUUGGAAAUAUUCAAACCAUGGCGGUUGAUAUCGGACUAUAUCUGUGCAGAUCGAGUCUAUAUAGGUUCUUCUUAUUAUACUAGUUCUAGUUAUGAUUUACCUCAUUUCAUGUGACUCUAUAUUAGUGGUCAAUGCAGUGAAUCCUCUAGCUAAUUGGCGCGAUCUCCUGUAAUCUUGAGCUGCCUCAAAGCUUACCAAUGUGUCGUCAAUUAAUGAAUGCA